UGGCCUGGAUCUGUCCAUGACAUGAGAGUGUUCAAUGAUUCGACAACAACAUACAGCGCCGUGUUUCCACAUCCACCACAAGGGAAAUACUACCUGGUGGACUCUGGGUAUGUCAACCAACAGGGUUACCUUGCUCCUUACAAGGGAUCCAAGUACCAUCUGCAGGACUUUCGGGACGGCCCCGAGCCGGAAGGUAAAGAAGAAAUCUUCAAUUACGCUCACUCUUCUCUUAGAAAUGUCAUUGAGAGAUCAUUUGGAGUUUUGAAAAUGAAGUGGCGGAUCUUGCAAAAGAUCCCUCCGUAUGCACCUCAUAAGCAAUCCAGAAUCAUAGUUGCAUGUAUGGCCCUGCAUAAUUUUAUGAGGACCAGUGGCAUAGCAGAUAAGCAUUUUCAUAGGUGUGACAGUAAUGAGAACUAUGUGCCGAGACAAGCAUAUGAGGAUCAACCACCACCAGAGGUUGUGGAUGAUGCAGCGAACCCGAUGGGUACAUUCCGUGAUUCGCUUGCUUAUGCUUUGGCAAGUCGUUCUUAACAGUUUUGUGUGGUUAAACUUAAGUUUCGUUUUGUUCAUUUACUGUGGAAUCUGUGAAUGGUUGAUGAUAGUUUGAACAUCAUCAUGUACUGUGAAUGUGAGGACAUAUACGAGCUGUG